AACACGAUGCCCAAGACCCCUUGCAUGUUAAUAUUUAUUUUUGGUUUAAUUGUUGUAUACGAAUUUGUUAUCCCCUCGAAAUAAAAAGUAUGUCUGAAAUCGAAUUUGUCUGCGUUCGGUUGUAAAUUGCGCAGGUUUUGAGUAGCAGUGUGAUCCAGAAGUAAAUUACUGAUUAUAAAUCCAAACGUUUUCUGCAACUAAAAUUAUACACAUAAAAUCGUACAAAGGCAUUUGUAUUGAAAUUUGUUUGUCACUGACAUGGAAGUAGUUAGAAGUGUAUGGAAAAAGCCUUUUUUGGUAUAUAAGGUUGGAGUACAAGCGUCUUUACGAAAUAGUAGCAGUUCUACGUCGAAAGUAACAAAGCAAAAGGCCACUUCUAUCGGAGAAGAGGAUUCUCAAAUCACAAGCACAAACGUGUUGCAAGAUGACAUGACCUUUAACGCUCUUGUCUCUACCGAAGAACUGCUCGCGCAAAUAGGAUUGGCAAGAGAGUUUGCUAGCGAUAGUAAAGUUGAUCAUCCUUAUAUCGAUAAAUUAAAGAGAGUACAAAUGAUUCUGUUCGAUUUAAGUCACGCUAUAUCGAAAACAAUGCCCGGAGAAAGUAAGUCGUUCGAGAGGAAACAUAUUAGCGAUUUGGAAGAAUGGAUAUCGGAGUACACCAGUCAGCUGCCACCUCAGGAAACAUAUAUUAUGCCGGGGGGUGGUAAAGCGUGUUCGACCCUGCAUUCGGCGAAAGCGAUAUGCAAGCGAGUAGAACGAAACGUUGCAUCGUUGGUUCAGGAUGGUUUAUUAAACAAAGAAGCACAAAUAUAUUUAAACAAAUUACAGAACUUCCUAUUGACAACGUCACGUAUCGCAGCCAAGUGUGACCAACGAACAGAGAAUAUAUAUAUUCCUAGAGCAGAAGUUAACAAAAACAAGUAAUUUCAAUGUUCUUGAAAGAAAUUCGUACAGUAAUAUUUUCUAAUCAUUUCCGUUCAUUGAUAAUAACGCGAACGGCAAAUGUACGCUGCAAUUUGGUAAUAAUGUUGUUCCCAUAUAAAUUUCAAAGCAU